GUCGCGUCUUCCAUCAGGGCGACCCUGCGUUCGGCAAAGUUCGAAAACGAUGCCUGGCCUUUUCAGGUCCAUCGACAAUCUGCUUUUCGACAUGAAUUGGUCAGAUACUGAGGGACCCCCUGCCAAGAAGAGGAGGUUCUUCGCCGACCCUGAAGACGACGAGAAUAGCGACAACAUAAUUCCAGCACCAGCACCUGCGCCCACCGCGAGGUUGCCUACACAGCCGCUCGACGACGUCACAGAUCGAGGACAUGGAGCCGUGGUUCCUUCUGCAGCACCGACCAAACCGCCCGGCUUUGACCAAGACACGUUUGAGACUUUCAUUGGAGACAAAGUCGCCCCCGAAAUCAUUACCAUCCUCCGAGAAAAAUGCGGCGAGAACCUGGAAAAUGCAGUUAACAUGUACUUUGACGGGACGUGGAAGAGGUCCCAAAAACCUGCAAACGUCACACCAACCCAGUCCACGUUAAACCUCCGCGGGAAUGUUCGACCUUCUGCAAGUGCGAGGCCCGAUAUCAAGGGGCCAGACGCACCCCAACCCGCGCCUGUCAUACGAGCGUUCCCCGAGACCCGGUACAUUGGCGCCUUUGGGGUGGAAGGUUGGGCGACGAGAAGCGGUACAAAUCUUCUGAAGCAUGCAGACAUGGUGAACGUGGAGCGUCAAAAGUUACAAAACCAACGAAUGGGUGGCAAGCUGCGUGUGGACAACAUAGUACGUUUUACUGAUUCGAAAGGAUCGGAAAUCGGACGGUUAGCUAAGGAGACAGCAAACUGGGUUUCGGCGUUGAUAGACCAGAACGUGUGCAGAUUCGAAGGCACAUGCGUGUAUGCACCUGAGCGGUUGCGGACCAACGACACAGUCUUCCUACAGCUAAGAUGCUACAUAAAAAGGGCUGUCUUCGAGACAAGACGCCCCAACACAGCAGACAACCGAAGCACUGGCCUAUUUGAGGUGGCCGAAACGGUUGAAGAGAGAGAUCUGCGGCUGCGACAGGUAUCUUUGGUGAAGUUGUUUCAGGAGAUUCAUCUCGAGCCCAGUCGAACCGCAGCAAAGCAGGACCGUCAAGGCCUACUUGAGGCUGCAGAAUCUGCCGAGAAGAAAGAGAAAGAAACCAAGACCCCAAAACAACCGAAACUGCACAAUGGCGAUCCAGCCUCGUCUCCGCCAUCUGAUGAUGCCGAAGAGGGCGAGGAGUUGGAACAAGAUCAACUCGAUGCAUUGUACAAGAAGGCACAGUCCUUCGAUUUCAACACUCCGCAAGCAGAACCUGCGGACACAUUUGCCAUGACCUUGCGCCCUUACCAGAAGCAAUCUCUACACUGGAUGCUGUCCAAGGAGAAGGACCUGAAGGACGAAGCCAGGGAGACAUCUAUGCAUCCUCUGUGGGAGGAAUAUACAUGGCCUACAAAGGACGUCGAUGACAAGGACAUAGCUCAGGUCGAGGGCCAUGAUACAUUCUACGUCAACCCUUACUCGGGAGAGCUGUCACUAGAGUUCCCGGUGCAAGAACAACACUGCCUUGGUGGCAUCCUUGCUGAUGAAAUGGGUCUCGGCAAGACGAUUCAGAUGCUCAGUCUCAUACACAGCCACAAAUAUGCAGAACAACCAGAUGCGACGAGUGUAGGCAGUGUCCGGCCUAGACCGUCUAGGAUUUCAUCGAACAUGUUACUAACCAGCAAGACGACAUUGGUCGUUGCGCCAAUGUCCCUGUUGGCUCAGUGGCAAAGCGAAGCUGAAAAUGCCUCGAGAAAUGGUACUCUGAAAUCUAUGGUGUAUUAUGGCAAUGAGAAAGCUGCUAAUCUGCAAGCGCUUUGCACAAGCUCCGCAGCACCUGAUGUCAUUAUCACAAGCUAUGGUGUGGUUUUAUCAGAGUUCAAUCAAUUCUCCGGGAAGAAUGGCAAUUCCCAUUUGCAUGACGGCCUUUACUCUUUCAAGUUCUUCCGCAUCAUCUUAGACGAAGCCCACAACAUUAAGAACAGGCAGGCCAAAACCUCCAAGGCGUGCUACGAGCUUUCGGCAGAACACCGAUGGGUGCUCACAGGUACUCCGAUCGUCAAUCGUUUGGAAGAUCUGUUUAGUCUCGUGAGAUUCCUGAGGGUGGAGCCUUGGAACAACUUCUCAUUUUGGCGAACGUUCAUCACUGUUCCAUUUGAAUCUAAGAAUUUCAUGCGCGCACUAGAUGUCGUACAGACUGUGCUGGAACCCCUAGUUAUGCGAAGAACGAAAGACAUGAGGACUCCUGACGGACAGCCUCUCGUACCUCUUCCUCCCAAGAUCAUGGAAAUCGUUGACAUCGAGCUCUCAAAACAAGAGCGAGAUGUCUACGAUCACAUAUUUACCAGAGCAAAGCGGACUUUCUCAGCCAACGUUGAGAAGGGAACUGUUAUGAAGGCUUAUACGACUAUUUUUGCCCAGAUCUUGCGGUUGCGACAGUCAUGUUGCCAUCCUAUCCUUGUACGGAACCAAGAAGUUGUGGCUGACGAAGAACUAGCGGGAGCUGAGGCUGACGCUGCUGCUGGACUCGGCGACGAUAUGGAUCUUGAUACGCUAAUGGAGUCAUUCAAGGCGACGCUUGAGACCGAGAAAAAUGCAAACGCGUUCGGCGCACACGUGCUAGAGCAGAUUCGAGACGAGGCCGCCAACGAAUGCCCUAUAUGCUCGGAAGAGCCAAUGAUUGAGCAGACUGUUACAGGAUGCUGGCACUCAGCAUGCAAGAAAUGUCUGCUUGAUUAUAUCAAGCAUCAUACCGAUAAGGGGGACCUGCCGCGCUGCUUCAACUGUCGUGAGCCGAUUAACAGCCGGGAUCUAUUUCAGGUCAUACGCCACGACGAUGACCCAGAAGCCCUCGCGUCGACCCCGAAGGUCAGCCUACAGCGACUGGGUGUCAAUGAAUCAUCGUCCAAAGUGGUGGCGUUGAUGAAAUACCUCCGAGAACUGCGAAAGGACCACCCGCGAAUGAAGUCAGUAGUCUUCAGUCAGUUCACAUCGUUCAUGUCUCUGAUUGAGCCAGCAUUGGCGCGGGCAAACAUGAGGUUUCUACGCCUUGAUGGUACCAUGUCGCAAAAGGCUCGCGCGGCCGUUCUGGAGGAGUUUCGUGAUGCUAAGAAGUUUACGGUCUUCCUUAUCAGUCUCAAGGCCGGAGGUGUGGGUUUGAAUUUGACGCAGGCCAAGCGUGUUUUCAUGAUGGACCCAUGGUGGAGCUUUGCUGUUGAAGCCCAAGCCAUUGAUCGUGUUCAUCGCAUGGGACAAGAGGAUGAGGUAAAAGUCUACCGCUUCAUCACCAAGGACAGUGUGGAGGAGAGAAUGUUGAGGGUCCAGGAUCGCAAAAAAUUCAUCGCUACUUCUUUGGGCAUGAUGAACGAUGAGGAGAAGCGAUUACAGCGAAUCGAGGAUAUCAAGGAGCUUCUCAGCUAAGCCACAUCAUAUGAUAGCAUUUGCAGGAGUUUGGGCUUGGCUAUGUAUACAUACAUUGCGGAUGAGCCUUCGCUGGUUGUGGGACUAAUUACCGCGAAGAGCUGCAAGUGGCUCACUUCGAUGUGUUGCAAAGCACUUGAAUAAACGUCAUAUUGUUGCAGAGG